UGUGUUGUUUUUUAUUUAAAAAUAAAAAAUAAAAAGUCUCAUACCAGGUAAAAAUAAUUACGCCCUCGACACUUGUAUAUCAUGAAUUUAUUUAUUUCUAUGGGAGAUUUUCUUUGAACCUAAUUUAACAAAUUCUAAUACUUGAUUGUAAACAUAAACGGUCUACUAGUAAGACUUCUGUUUUUUUUUUUGGGGAGAAGAGUUUAUUGGUAAGAAACUUUUACAGUUCAGAGAUUAAAAUCUCAAAUCAUGUUUGUGGGGUGAUAUUCAAAUAUGUACGUUUAUAAGCUUAUUAAUGACCAAAUAAACCUUUAGAUUCGAUCGAGUAAUUGCAUUUACAAGAUUCAAAAUCCACACCAGUAUUUAGACUAACCUUAUUUUAAUUCAUCAAUUUUCGGUCUAUCUAUAUUUUAGCUUUAUAAUUAUUUUGUUCUUCUUUAUAUAUAUAUAUAUAUACACACACAGAUAUACAUACAUAUAUAGGGUAAACGACCAUUGACAAUGUAAAGGGGAGUAAGCAAAAUUCUGUUCCUUUUUUAAUUGUUUUUUCUUUAAUUUUAAUUAUACAAAAUACUCAUUCAUAUAUGUUUAAUGAUUACAGACUUUAAAAAGUUGCAUUUUUAUCCUCAAACCUUGAAAUUUAUUCCAGAAAAUAAACUUGAACUUUAAAAUUGUCCCUAAAGAUAUUCUUUUCUUUAAAAUUAUUAAGAGAAAAAACUUGAUUGUUGAUAUGUAUGAGUUAGAAGGCAUACAUAAUAUUAUUUAAAUUUUUUCCUAAAAGUAUAUUAUUUACGACCAUAUAAAGAAGAAAAAAAAUUAUUAUUACUAUUUAUUUCAUCUCAAAGCUAUCAUUAAAAUCAAUUACAUAAUAAAUUAUUAUACGUCAAACGUUGGGUUAUUUUACAUGAAUGAUGUUGCACAUAUGUCAUUUAAUUUUCAUACCUUUCUAGUUGUGAUCUCCAAGGGUAUUUUUAAAAACAAAUUUCGAAGUUCUAAAUUUUUUAAAAAAAUGAAAAUUUUCCAAUUUAGCUAGGAUUUUACGACCAAAGUUGAAUCAAAUGGUAGAUUCCAAUAUUUUUAUCACUUUUAUUUAAUGCCUCCCAUUUAAAAAAAGUUUUAUAAGGGUAAUUGUAACAAAAUCUUAAUUUGUUAUAAAUAUUACAAUGUUAUUUCUAUUACUUUGUUUAAUUUGGGCAAUACAUUGGAAGAGGAAACCCUAAUUUCCCAUGGCAGUUGGACCAAAUCUAACCAACCAAAAACCUUUGUUUUUGUGGGCAAUUAAGAAAAUAAAAGAAAAUGUUAGGGCUUGUUUGGCACCCAAACAAAAGCUCUUAUUUCCCCCAUUGGCUUCUUCUUAGGUGCAUCCAUUGCCUUUCUUAGUAGGUGGAAGAAAUUUUGUUUACUUAGUUUUCUUUUAAUGCAAGAAAACUUUACACAAUUGCCAUGUUUCAUUAGUUACACUGUUGAAUUUCUUUCCAAAUGUGGCUUGAUUAAAAACCAUUAGGCUGUUUUACUUUUUCCCCCUUAUUAAUUAAUUGAAUAUAGGGUACAACUCUACUUACUUUUUAAAGAUCAAAGAUAUGAGAUCAAUCCUUAAUCUCUUCCAAACUUUUUUUUUAAAGUAAAAUUGGACCUAAUUGUUUGCAUGUGUAGGAAUAACAACCCUCAAAAUAUCUCUAUAAUGGUAUUAUAUUGUCUACUUUGGAAAUAAAUUCCUCAUAGCUUUGUUUUUAGUUUCGCCCUGAAAAGAUCUUAUACCAAUAGAGAUAGUUGUUCUCGAUUAUGCACCCAUGAUCAUCCUCUUAUCUAUCUAAUGUGGGACUUUGGUCGCAUUCUCAAUAAUCCUUCUCUCGAACAAAGGGCCACCGAGUCUCCCCUCAAAUAGUCAUCCAUCCGUCUAACUCUUAUUUAGGUGAACUUCUCUUCACUAGAGCACACUACCUAUCUGAUCGAGUGUUCAACCACGGAUCACAUCCAUGACUACUUUUGAGGUUCCACUACAUUUUUAUUCAACACUUGAGGAUUCUACCAACAUUACUAAGUCAAGAGCAUGGUUUUGAUACCACUUGUUGGGAAAAAAACCUCCCUCCCAAUACUGCCAUAGGAAUUAGCAGACAAAUUAAAAGAAAUCAAUAAGUUUAGGAAACACAUGAAUUUGCAUGGUAAACUUUAAUAUCGGAGAAAAACCAUAACUGACCACAAAAAAACCUAUUAAAUCACUAAAAUAAUUAUGUCACUAAUCAGAAUUACGAAAGCACUCUCUCAAAGCUUUUAUAUUACUCACACUCUUCAAUCCCACUCUCAAAAUAGAGAAUACAAAAAGAAAUUUAAAUAGAAUUAGGACACUCAAGUUUAAAGUAUUUCUAACUGAGAUAAUUUGAAACCAAAGACAUAGGAUCCCUUUUAUAGUACUUGAAACCCAUCACUUUCUUGAACUUUUUCAAUUUGAAACAAUUGCACUUUUAAUAUUCUACCAAAACCCAACAACUUUCAUGACUGUUGAGAAUGCGAUCAAAUUUUCACAUUGGUUAGAUAAGAAGAUGAUCAUAAGUAUAUAAGUGAAGACAAUUUUCUCUAUUGGUAUGAGACUGUUGGGUUGAAACAAAAAACUCCUAGGUUUCAAAAUGUUGCACUUAUAGUUUUUAGUUUUCAUUUGAUUUAUAAGUUUUAGGAUAUUACAUUUUGACCCUUGAAUUAUGAGUUAAGUUUCUUUUUGGUUAAUAGGGUUGAGGGUUUUACAAUUUUACCCAUGAAUUUUCACUUGGACAACUUUUAGCUAUUUGUGUUGAUUUUUUAUUAAUUAAUUUAAAAUAAGUAAAAUAGUUUUUAUUAAUUUAAUUGAUAAAUUCACAUUCUAAUUAGUAAUUAUUUUAAAGUAGUCGAUGGUGACCAAAAGUGAUCAUUAAUUCAAAAUUUAAGAGUAAAAAUGUUAAAAUAAAAAGCGGAAUGAGACAUAAUAUAUUAUAUUCUUUCAUUUUUUUAUUUUUUUUUUUUAAAAAAAGAAAAGAUGAAGAAUUGUAAAUGUUUUCGUGUGCAUGUGAAUAUUACAAUGGUUGCAAAUUCCAAAACCAGCUCUUUUUCAAAAUUCUCAACAACCAUUCCUAAAUUCUUCCCCAAUUUUAUUUAUCUUUCACUUUAUAAAAUCCACUCUUUUUCUCUCCUCCCUUACUAAUUCCUUCCUCCUUCUAAUCCAAUGGCCAACGACGUCGUUUUCCCCUUCCCCUUCCCCUUCCCCUCCUUUUUCCUCAUUCUCAUUCUCUCCUAUUUCAUUUGGUUCCAUUUCCUCGCCCGUAAACUCACCGGUCCACCCGUUUGGCCACUCAUCGGCAGCCUCCCGGCUCUCAUCUCGAACCGGCGUCGAAUCCACGACUGGAUCGCCGGAAACCUCCGCGCCACAGGCGGCGGCGCCACUUACCAAACCUGCACGGUGGCGCUUCCAUUCAUAGCUAAAAAGCAAGGAUUUUACACGGUCACGUGCCACCCGAGAAACAUUGAGCACGUGCUUCGAACCCGGUUCGAAAAUUACCCGAAAGGACCCGACUGGCAAGCGGCGUUUCACGAUUUAUUAGGGCAAGGGAUUUUCAACAGCGACGGAGAAAUUUGGUUGAUUCAACGGAAGACGGCGGCGCUUGAGUUCACGACGAGGACGCUCCGGCAGGCGAUGGACCGGUGGGUGAAUCGGACGAUAAGGACGCGAUUAUGGUGUAUAUUGGAGAAGGCGGCGGAGUAUAAAACGGCGGUGGAUUUGCAGGAUCUGUUGCUCCGAUUAACAUUUGAUAAUAUUUGUGGGCUAACUUUUGGGAAAGAUCCACAAACUUUGUCGCCGGAAUUACCGGCAAAUCCGUUCGCUUUGGCAUUUGAUACCGCCACUGAGGCCACUCUUCAGCGCCUUCUUUACCCUGGUCUUUUAUGGAGGUUGGAGAAGCUUUUGGGCAUGGGAAUGGAAAGAAGGUUAAAGAAGAGUUUAAAAGUAGUAGAAGAAUACAUAAACGACGCCGUUGCAGCCCGUAAAGAAUCUCCCUCCGACGACUUAUUAUCACGCUUCAUGAAGAAACGCGACGGUGACCGCUUCUCCGCCGCCGUGCUCCACCGCAUCGCAUUAAACUUCGUCCUCGCCGGCCGAGACACCUCCUCCGUAGCUCUCACGUGGUUCUUUUGGCUCGUAAUGAACCACCCACACGUGGAGAAAAAAAUCCUCUCUGAAAUCUCAACAGUCCUCCGCGAGACACGUGGCGACGAUCCACGCCGUUGGAUUGAAGAGCCGUUGGUAUUCGACGAAGCCGAUAAAUUGGUGUACUUAAAAGCUGCGUUGGCCGAAACGCUGCGUUUAUACCCUUCCGUACCGGAGGAUUUCAAGUAUGUAGUGGCUGAUGACGUGUUGCCAGAUGGCACUUUUGUGCCAGCUGGCUCGACCGUGACGUAUUCGAUUUAUUCGGUCGGGAGGAUGAAGAGUAUCUGGGGGGAGGAUUGUACGGAGUUUAAACCGGACCGGUGGUUGUCUCCGACCGGGGACCGGUUCGAGGGGCCAAAGGAUGCUUAUAAGUUUGUGGCGUUUAAUGCUGGACCGAGGACUUGUUUAGGAAAGGAUUUGGCUUAUUUGCAAAUGAAGUCUGUCGCCUCCGCCGUACUGCUCCGGUACCGGCUAGCACCGGUUCCCGGUCACCGGGUGGAGCAGAAAAUGUCUCUUACUCUUUUUAUGAAGAAUGGGCUUCGUGUUUAUUUGCAUCCUCGCCGGCUUGCCUAGGAGGGGUGUUUUCGUCAUUUCAUUGGAAUUUCUAUUUCUGUUUUUACCAUUUAUAUUUGCUUUUCACAAUGCACGGUAAAAGAAAGUUCGGUUCUUUUAAUACUGCACAGGGUAAAUGUGUCAUUUUCUUCAUCGUCAUGAGGGUAUAAUGGUCAAUGGGUUGUCUUUUUUUAGUUUUUAUUUAUACGUACAUUGUUGGUGGUUAGAUUGGGGAGUGGAAGUGUUUGUAAUUGUUGUAUUUGGUGAAUUGGUGGAUCUUACAUACCAUACAUAAAUUUUACAUUAAUGCCAAGUGGAAGAGAACUUUAUGUAUUUUCUCAGUUAUAUUUGAUGUUACAAUCAUACAAAUCAAUUGUUAUAAGUACUAUAGUCGGUGAAUAUUUGUAUCAUUUGCUAUAUAGAAUGACUAAUUAUGAUUAAUCAAAAACAAUUUUUAUGCACCUCAAUUAUUCUCACGAAACAACCGUUUGACUUUACUACAUUUGUUUGCCAAAUUACCUUGUAAAAUAUUAAAUUUUAGAUAAAUGACAACUAUGACUUGAACUCAUUUCUUCGAAGGCCUUUAUUAUUUUUGUAGUUCUUAUUAACCACAAGACCAACUUAGUAUAAUUGUGA